CAUAACUACUGGUCGGUUGCAAAGUCCAACACACAGCUAUGGAGAGGUCGAAGCGCGCCGCAACCUCACGGUCGGAGCGUACAGCGAUGCUCGAGUUUCUGCGCAUACUCAAGAACUUUGCGCUGCUGACUGGGCAGGCCACCAAAGGCAAACCAAUGAAACGGGGUGAAAAGCUGACUCGGUCGCAUGGCCUGGCAAGGCUAGCGGAGUACGUAAACGCGGUUGUGCUAGCUGUGCGUCCGUGGAACACACAGAAUGCCAAAUCAAGGUACAUCUCGAUAUAUGGAGCGGGCCGAGCAAGAGUGGUCAUGGCUUGUCUGACAAGGACUUCAAAAAGAGUACAUAUUUGAAGACGAGAUGUUUCCGUCCUGAUAUAAUGUAGCGAUCUACACCAUCGAGAG